AUGACAAACCACAGAUUCCUGAACCGCGGAGAGCCCCCAGCUGGACACACGUGUGCACACCUGUCCCAGGUGACCCGCCAGGCCGGCAAGGUGGCAGAGCUCAGAUCUUACACUGGCAGCAAACGGGGACACAGCAGCUGGACUGGGAGCAGCAGGGGACACAGCAGCUGGACUGGGAGCAGCAGGGCUUACAGCAGCAGGACUGGGAGCAGCAGGGGACACAGCAGCAGGACUGGGAGCAGCCACACGAGCCACAGGAGCCACAGCCCCCCUUGGAGCCCCCACCGGAGCCACAGCCCCCCUUGGAGCCCCCACAGGAGCCACAGCCCCCCUUGUAACCCCCACAGGAGCCACAGCCUCCCUUGGAGCCCCCACAGGAGCCACAGCCUCCCUUGGAGCCCCCACAGGAGCCACAACUGGAGCAGGAACAGGCUGGCACACAGCAGCACACGGGCUUGCAGCAGCAGACGGGGACACAGCAGCCGGAGCCACAGCCCCCACAGCCGGAGCCGCAGCCCCCACAGCCAGAGCUGCAGCCCCCACAGCCGGAGCCGCAGCCCCCACAGCCAGAGCUGCAGCCCCCACAGCCGGAGCCACAGCCCCCGGAACAGCCACAGCAGCCCAUGAUUCUGGUGGGUUGAGGUUGGAGCUGCUGACCCGCCCCGACUGCUCCACAGCAUCUACCCACAGGCCCUGGGCAGCGUCCCCUGCUGCCACAGAAGGGCUGCCGGAUCAGCGUCUUCCCGGCAGGACUGGCGUGGGGAGGUGCCCCUCGGGACACUAACCCAGAACAUGAGGCGGAUUUCGGGAGCUCCGUGCAUGCAGGGCGCCCAGCAGCGUGUCCAGGAUAGCGGCGCCCAGCGGUCCCCCGAGGUUCUGGGGGCUGCGCAGCUUACCCUGCCGCGGGCUCUACCCGGAUCCCUCAUCUCUCGGAAUUCGAGAAAGUCGCCGACACUGAGGCUUCCCUUCCUGGUCUAA